CGAAUUCUUUGUUUUGGUGAUUCCUUAACGACAGGCCUCGUGGACGUAAAAACAUUUGAAAGCUACCCUUAUUCCAUCAAACUACAAGAAUAUUUUGAUUUGCACAAUCACACAGUACUGGAUGUGUCAAAGCGAUCUUUCUUCCAAGUUCACAACGCGGGAAUGCCUGGUGCUAGAGCAAAAGGUCAAAUGUUGCCACAUUUGACUCAAAUAUUGCAACAUUCAAGAAUAAAAUACAGCUGGGUGAUCAUUCUUGCUGGGACUAACGACUUGAAUUCCGUGCGUACACUCGGAGAAGGCAAUCUUUCAUACAAUUCAAGAUCCAUAUUUAAUGCGAUAGUAACGCUUCACAAUGUUACACACAUGUUUGGUGCGAGAUCUCUGGCAGUUUCCAUUCCGGAUAGAGAAUGUGAAGGAUUGGGAACAUGUACUAAGCUGAAACACACCCAUAAAAAGAUAAACCAACUUCUUCGCGAUUUCGCAGCCAAGAGCAAGGAGAAAAUGCUUCUUGCUGAUUUAUCUAAACAUGUUUAUCUUCCUCGUGACCGUAAAUUGUGGCGUGAUCCGCUUCAUUUUACAAAACAGGGUUAUGAAAAGAUGGCAGAAAUUAUUUAUAACGCAAUGAAAGAACAUGUUUGACGUGAAUGAAUAGUGAAAUGGGACGAAAGUGCGAGGUUGUUUCAAAAGGUGAUAGCAUAAUGAUAUAAAUCAGUAUAACUUGACGUUAAUUUUUGUCCAUGUGUUUUUGUUUUUUCUUUUUUUAAGAUUCGAUAAACAACUAACUUCAAGAGUUUCGCGACCAAUGUUAUUUGGAAUUCAGUAAGUGAUGAGUAGAGUUGAAAUAUUAGAUAAAGACAGGAUAUUGUUUUCGUGCACAAUGUUACAGGAAAAUUAUAAUUACUUCAGUCUCACUAUUAUUUCCUAAGCUGCUCUACCCACAGCCGGCCCAAGCUCCAGCUGUGAGAUGAUCAUCUUGCUGAUGCACAGGGAUAUGAUCUUUGUAUAUUUCUCGCCACUGCGGUACGUUUUGGCGCAUCGGUUUCCCUGAAAACUUUAUCUCUUUGGUUCCCAUCUCAGUCCCUAUUCAAAUGUGAGGCUGCAUCUGAGAGAUGACGCUACAUAUAUAGCGUCCCUAGGCAAGAUUUAGUAUGUACUAGAUGUAUGGUUGUAAUUUGAAGGUUGCAUGGCAAUUUGGCUUAAGUUGAAAUCUUUAUUAAAAAUGAUUUUCCAAGCCUUUUGAUAUAUGAAAUCAGGGGGCCAGCCUUUUUCGCCUUCUUUGGGUGCGCGAAGAACAAAAAAUGUCCUUUCUGUUCGGCUUUUCAGAAUAGUCAAGAGAGUAAAAACUGUGAUCUCUUGGAACAGUUCAGUAGUGUUGUUAUUUUUUCAAUCAGUGGCAUGAUCGAUGGAGAACUAUCUCGUGUUAUUUACACAGCGUAAGGCUUUUUUUUAAGUACUUAGAAAACCUCGAAAUGGAAAACUAGCUAAAAUGGGUUCUUUUCAUCAAAGUAUGUGGUCAGAUAACAAGCGAUACGCUGUGGAAGUAAGGUGUGGUAUUUUUAUUGAGAAUUUGACGUUUUUUUUUUAUUCCUUGAAGCGGUCGUAAAUAUUCUCAUACAAACUCUUAUAAUUCCGCCAUGACUGUUUUUGCGCAAGAUGAUCAUCUCACAGCUGGAGCUUGGGCCGCCUGUGAUUACAUCCGUCUCUUAGUUUUGAAAUUCUUUCUGAACAGAUGGAAUAUUUAAAUGAAAUCGCUCAACUAUAAAGAGACAUUUUCUGCUUCUUUUGUUAUACUGUUCAAGUAGCGUAAAUUUAGAGAACAGAACCACGCGCUCGAUAGUACUUAUGGAAAUAUAUUGUAAAGCUUUUUCGAUUACAUUGCUUACGAAGUUGAGUACACUAGAGGUCAUGUCGGUUGUCGACAUAAGCUAGAAUAAAGUUAUUGUGGAACCAAACGUUGUCUAAUCCUUGAAGUUCGUAGCAAGCUCGCUCGAAGCAGGUCUCCGUGUAUCAGGAAACCGCGACGAGUUUCCGUUCCCGCUGCAAGUGGUCUCUACCGAGCUAUUUCCCUCCGUUAUUGUCACGUUUCCCGCAAAAGUCUAGUUAGCACGCAAAAACCUAUCAUUACAACAAAUAAGAAAAAGGUGAGGUUAUCCAAUCAAAGUAAUCAGGGUAUGUUUCUUCGCAACACUCUUGAUUGUCAAAGCGUCCCUAAAAACCAAACAAUUGUUUAUUUUCUUUGUGAUCAGUAAAUAACACGAUAGUUCUCCAUCAUGCUACUGAUUAAAAAAACACACUACUGAACUGUUCCAAGAGAUCACAGUUUUUACUCUCUUGACUGUUCUGAAAAACCGAACAGAAAGGACUUUUUUUGUUCUUCGCGCACCCAAAGAAGGCGAAAAAGGCUGGCCCCCUGAUUUCAUAUAUCAAAAGGCUUGGAAAAUCAUUUUUAAUAAAGAUUUCAACUUAAGCCAAAUUGCCAUGCAACCUUCAAAUUACAACCAUACAUUUGUUUUUAAUUACGCCUUAAGAUAAAUACUGUAUUCAGUUUCUCGGUUUAACUUUGAGUCCCGAUCAAACCGCAGGCCUCGUUUUUAAGCCUUAAUGAUUGCUCGAAAUGGUUUCGUUAUAUCUUAACACCAUGCAGUUGUUUGAUGAUGAUUAAGCACUAUGUUUAUUCCCUUGUAAAUGGUGUAAAAAAAAUGUCUCUUUUUAGCAAUAUUUCUGAGUAAAAAAAAGACUACUGCACCGUAAACCUACGGCCCUGUAUCCAUAUUUGAGCAGCCUCUCUAAUCUACAGAAAGCCCUUACCUUUUGCUUGAUUGAUUUUAGUUGACUAACAUGCAACAUGAUUUUUCUGCUGCUGUGCCGCCGUAAAUCUUACCAAGGGACGCUUUAUAUUUAGCGUCGUCUCUCAGAUGUAGCCUCACAUUUGAAUAGUGACUGAUAGGAACCAAAGAGACGAAGUUUUCGGGGAAACCGAUUCGCCAAAACGUAUCGCAGUGACGAGAAAUAUGCAAAGACCAUAUCCCCCUUAGCGUGACCCGGAAAGUCUGUGCAUCAGCAUAAAGCCUGUAAUGUGAGAACAACGAGUGACAGCGCUGACUCAGCAAAGCCUAAGCGUUCAGCGGCCAUCAUCUGCAGGGAAUGAGAAAAACCACGGAUUGACAUUUGUGCACUCAGCGAAUUGCGCAGUCCAUGUUCUGUGAACAUUGGUGAAAGAAGUCAUACUCAAUCUUCCGGAGGAGUAGUCAACAAAGAAAGGCUGGAGUAGGUUUUGAUAUUACUAACAGAUUAGCUGCCUAAGGCACUCACCCAAAACCAAGAGAUUAUAAUCUCUUGCCCAAAAUCCAUCGAUGGCAGACUCAUGACACUGCGGAUCUAAAUCAACUCAGGAUCCAACCCAUGUCUACGCCGCCUUAAAUGCAGUUUAUAGUCCCACAAUCAAAACUCCACUCCCUGUAAGAUCAAAAGAAGUUGAGUUAAUAACAUUUUCAGAGAAAAUCAAGGACAGAUAAGUGGAGCAUUUCAGGCAGCCUCUAAAUUAACCGACAGAAGUGGAUUUCCGUGUUACAGAGAACGGCUUCAUUCUGCUAAGACUUAAACAUCCAUCUGGCAGAAAACGGUUAUCCACAAUCACAGUCAGGGAAAUGUAACAGGAGGAGAACUAAGAAAAUUGACUGAUUGAAACUUCUUGAUUUGCUGGAGACAAUGGGUUUACAACAGCGUGUUAUAACACCAACUCACGAGUCAGGCAACACAUUGGACGUAAUCAUAACACGACAGUUCGGGGACUUGGUCAGGGAAACUCCCGUAUCGGACUACCACAUUUCCGAUCGCUGGUCUGUUAUAUGCCGGAUAAACCUUGACAAGCCUAGGGUAACAAAGAAAACAGUGACCUUUAGGAGGAAUAAAGGCGUGAAUUUGGAUGUGCUAUCUGAUGAAAUUUCAUUAAAGAUAUAUGGAAUUGGCUUAUUGAAGGACGGCUGUUACUCAAUGAUGAUAAAAUUGAAUUUCUAGUUAUUGGAGCUCGCCAGCGGUUAAAUAAAUUAAAUCCACCAGUGCUUCAUAUAGGUCAUCAUACGAUUGAUCCUUCGGUCAACGUUAGGAAUUUGGGAACGAUAUUUGACAAUUCAAUUAGUAUGGAUACUUACAUAAAUCAAGUUUGUAAGACCGCUUUUUACUAUAUUCACAAUAUUCGUAUGAUUUCUAAAUACCUUUCACAGGAAUCCCUUAAAACAUUAGUUCAUGCUUUCGUUACGUCCGGACUCGAUUAUUGUAAUAGCCUACUUUAUGGCCUUCUCAAAUAUCAUAUACGUAAACUACAACGUGUACAGAAUGCUGCAGCCAGAUUAAUAACGAAUACUAGAAUGUAUGAUCAUAUCACACCAGCUUUAUAUAACCUUCACUGGCUACCUGAGUUUUACCGCAUUUAUUUAAAAAUUUUAAUUAUUACAUUUAAGACUAUAUAUGAUAUGUCACCAAACUACAUUAGUAACUUAGAGUUAUUUAAUCAAAGUUUAGCCAUCGUUUAAUAAAACCGCGUUCUAAGCCUUCUUCAAUUUAGCCGAACCCUUUAUCUAAGAAUCAAUUUUUUGUGAACAGUGUCAACAGGCCGAUACCUAAAAGUAGACGGACAUCUAUUUAAAUGAAAUCAACCCUCUUAAAGAGAAUCACCGAGGCCCACUGCUUGCGGAAACCACGGUUUGAGUUAGAUCUCGUUUAAAUAAGCAGCCCCUAGUGUCCAUUAAGUCGUGUUCUGUUUAUUCCCUAGAUCGAAUUCUUCAUUAUUUUUGGACCGUCCCAAGGAGCGCAUGCCAUCUACAUUAAGAGCACGUUCACUUUAUAUUUCUGCCCCCACACUGUGGAACAGCCUUCCAGCAACUAUUCGGGAAAUAACAUCACUCAACAUUUUUAAGAAAAAAACUUACGACACAUCAUUUUAAUUUAGCAUACAACGAGUAAUUUUUCUUGGGGGUGGUCAAUUGUGUAUUUUUAGUAUUAGGUUUCAUAGAUAUUUCUUAUAAUUCAUCAUAGUUACUGUAUUUUUAUAUAUAUUUCUGAAUUCAUGUAAAGCGCUUUUGAUCAUUUUAAUGUUAAAAGGCGCUAUAUAAGUAGGAAAAAAAACGAUAGAAUCGCUAACUAAGUCAGUGUAGGCGGUAUUCACGGAAAUCACGCCUUUGGUUAGUGAAUAAUUUGGUAGUACAUACACUGUGGUAAGCUGUUUCUUAUGUCAACAUUAAUUCCUCUGUACAUAUAUAUAUAUAUAUAAAUUUUUUAAUGUAUUCCAUAGCCUGAGUAAGCUUAGUGAAGACAGUAUUGAGAUUCUGAAGGUCAUACGAAGAGGUGAGAUCUGGGCAAGAAGCUAGAAGCGCGAUAAAAAAUUCAUGUUUCCAUUGUGAACUAGUUCUUGUGCAUUUUCUUCAUCCAAAAAUGCAACUUUGAGCACAAAGUAAUAUGGAAAUGGAUGAAUUCCCAAGCGAAUACUACAUAAGUCAAGAGGAUUUGAAAAUGUUUCGUGGAGAUUGCCUUCAGAACCAAGUUACUCCCAAUCCUUCACAGAGUUCCGAGUACGUAAACGUCAGGAUAGUGGAUGGUCCGACUAUAAGGCCAUAUACAGACGAACAACAAGACUAAACAUUUUUUUUCUCGACAUAAAAGGAAAAUGUUUUACAACGAAACCAGUUGUUAUCGCAGGUAUCGCCGCUAAAACUGAAAAGAACUGUUUUGAUUAUCUUUGAUGACGUGUUUUUGCCGGAAGGUUUCCAGAGUCUUAAAAAUGAAACGAUAAAAAUUUUAUAGAAGGGUUCCUUAAAAAUUAUCCGACGACAAAGAGUACAUUCAUUGAAUUCGGUAAUCUAGAGUGGAGAGCUUAGGAAUAUACAACUAAUAUGUAACCAAAUUACUUUGAAGAAGGUGAACAAUUUCAUCUCAAGAUGUUUGGUAUGACUAACUUUCAAUGGGCUUCACUUGGAUUUUGUGUUCUUCUGUUAUCACCACUAACUACUCUGUACGUACUCGUUUCAAGAAAUGCUAAACGAGGGAAAUUAAUACGAAUCUUGUGUUUCGGUGAUUCACUGACUUUCGGUCUCACAAACGGAGAGCCGCAUCCAUACACGGUAAGAUUACAAGAGUAUUUUCGAAGUAAACUCAGGAGUCAUUCAAGGUCGAGCCAUGUUGAACUCUACAAUGCCGGACGAUCAGGCGAGCAAGUUCAAAUCGAGAUGCUCCCUCGACUUGAAAAUUUAUUGCAGGCUGCUAAAUACAACUGGGUUAUCAUUUUGGGAGGGACAAAUGACUUGUUUGGAAUGAAGAGUAUCUGGACAGACAAUAACAUUGGCAAGGAACAAGAUCAAAUUACCAUUUUCAAUGCCCUAGUUCAGCUGCACAAGGUCGCUCACAUGGCUGGAGCGAAAACUGUUGCCGUAACGAUUCCUGCGUUACAAUGUGAGGUGAACAAGAAGCGAAUGAUCAGCGUGAUUAUGGAAGUGAGACUGAAAGUGAACGAAAUGAUUCGGAAUUUCGUCAAAAAUUCAAAGGGAAAGGUGCUUCUGGCUGACAUUGAUAAGGAUAUGCAUUUUUCUCGAGAUCAAAUGCUCUGCGGUGACGGAAUUCAUUUAACUGUUUCAGCUUAUGACAGAAUGGCCUACAUCAUAUUUAAUUCGAUAAAGAAUUUUAUAUAG